UUGCUCGAUUACGUUUCAAGCGAUAAGUCUUUGUAUAGAAAUUAGCGAUGUUGGAGAUCUUAGUUUGAAGCGUAAAGCAGCUGUGAGCGGUCACUGCAAGAAAAGCUGUCGGUAAUUUUUAAGAAAUUGCAAAGUAAAUUUAAAACUAUCAGUUCUACCUUGAUUUAGUACAACAUUUACGAGCUUCUGUCAUUUCUGAGCGCACGACUAAUUGAAUAUUAGCAAUGAGUCGCAAUGUAUUGCUACUGCUUUUGCUGCCCUUCGUCUGCACCUUGGCGGCCAAGCGCGCAGCGUCAAAAGUAGUUUGUAAAGAUGAAGAUGGCGCGCCAGUGGAUUGGUUCUACAUGUACAAAUUGCCGCGCAUACACACCCAGUACGGCGCGAGACGCAAUAGCAGCGGUUUCAACUAUCUCUACAUCUCGAGCAGUAACUAUGAUGCCUGGCGUUUGUCAGCGCAUGAAGUCACCUCAACCGAAUCCAUGCCUGGCAAGCUACUGCAGCCACUGUUCGAUGACGAAAGCGUGCUGGUAAUCGCCUACAAUGACCAAAAGCCCAACAGCAAUUCGAGCACACCGAAGGCGCACGCCAAGGGCUUGCUAGCCACCGAUGGCGAGUCGGCAAUAUGGCUGGUGCAUUCAGUGCCCAGAUACCCAGAAAUACCAGUUUACAAAUACCCGCUCACAGGCGGACGCUACGGCCAGAGUUUUCUUUGUAUGUCUUUGCAAGACACCGAGGUGGAUAAGGUGGCCACACAGUUACGGUUAAUGGUGCCACUCAUUUACUAUACGCGCACACCGGAGGCGGUGCUUGCGCGCUUUCCCAUCUUGCAGCAAGUGGUGAAGGGUAAGUGGCAAAAGGAAGCGCCCUAUCAGAAUAAAGUCAAGCUGGAGACGGUUGAUGGCACGAAAUUCAAGUCGUUCGCGAAAAGCGGCAAAGCUGUAACGGAAUUGUAUGAGGAUGUCAUUGCGCCAGAAUUGGAUGUCAACCUACUAGUGGAGACUUGGCGCAAUGGUGGCGGUAAUUUAGCAACGAAUUGCACGAAGAAUGAGAAAGUCUUCAACAUAGAAGAAAUCACCGAACAGUCACUGCAAAUCUCAUUUAGCACCCAUUCUGAUCAUUCGAAAUGGGCUGUAUCACAGGAGAGUGGCUUUAAGCUCUGGCGUUGGCGCGUUGGUGGUGCGGAUUGGAUUUGUGUGGGCGACAUCAAUCGGCAACAAGAUCAACUGGUACGCGGUGGUGGCAGCGUAUGCCAGAAGAACAGCAAAGUUGCACAGCUUUAUCGGCAGCUGAUACAGGGUUAUGAACCAUGCCCAAGAAACAAGCGGGAAAGGGACGAAGUGAAUUAGCUCGUAAAUGGAGCAAAUUCUCAAAUUUGAUCGUACACAAACUUUGUGCAUUAGAUUUAAGUGCAUUAUUUACAAUUUUUUUUAAAUAAAUGCAUACACACAUGCAUACAUAUGUAUAGGGUUAUUCAAUAGGUGCGCUUCAACUUUUUUCCGAUAGGGAGGGCGAACGACGCAAUAUUUUUUAUUUUUCGCUUGUCAUUUGUAAACUUCAUUAGUAUACAUUUCAUCAUGGAACGCUACACACUUGAGCAACGAUUGCAAAUCGUGUAAAUUUUUUAUGAAAAUAAUCGCUCUAUUGCUGCUACUUUAAGAGCAUUACGGCCAUUUUACGGUCCAUUUAACAAGCCGUCCCGUUUUGGGGUUAUGUGAAGUCAUUGGUUUACAGUAACAAGCCGGCGACGAUUUGUGAGCUCAGAGCCAAUAUUGAACGCGAAAUUGCUGGAAUUUCGGCCGAUUUAUGCAAAAGAGUGGUCGAAAAUUGGGUUCAACGAUUGGACUUCGUAAAACGUGCACGCGGUGGUCAUGCAAAAGAAAUCGAAUUUCAUACUUAAAUGUUUAUGUUCAAACUCGAUAAUAAAAAAAAAUUAGUUAAAAAAGUCAAACCGUUUGUGUUUUAUUCAAAAAAGUUCAAAAGUUGAAGCGCUCUUACUGAAAACCCCUAUACAUGUACACCUAAGUGAAUGCACUCAACCAUAAA